AUGAACACAAAGGAAGUAGUAGAAAAUGAAUUAUUAUUAAUUAAGGAUAAUAGUCGGAAAUAUCCUUAAUUGUGUAAGGUAAACAAUCCUAUUCUAUAUAUAUAAAGGUGUUAGAAGCAAAUAUAUUGGAAUUAGAUACUCACACCUUAUUAUAACAAUUAUUGCCUUCGAUUGUAAGCUCAAAAAAUACCAAAUUAAUUUCAUAAGGAAUAGGACUAAUCCAAAAAUUGCAGCAUUUACUCUUGUUAACAAUAGUAUUAUUAGUUUAUCAUUAGAACGAUCUUGAUAUCAUAAUUGAAUAUUUUAAUAAUUCAAAAUCGCAGUAAGAUGAAACGAUAGACAUUCGACUAGUUUCAACCUUAAUACACAUUAUUGGUCCUGAUGUCAUUGAUUUUUCUAAUCUAAAUCACAUUCUGAAGGUCUUAAAUUUGUUAAUAUACUUUUCAUCAUCAGACAACCCAAUAAUAGCAUAAUCAUCAAUUUAAGGCAUUCUGACACUUAGUAAUGUUUUGGAGGAGCUAUUAUAGAGCUAAUAGAAGAAUGUAAUAUUGCAAUCCUAUUUUGAAUUAUUGGACCUAUUCUUUAACAUAUUUCAAGAUAAGGAGCAAUCGUUAAUUUAUGUGUCAAGCAACCUAAUAUUAUGUAUUUAUCAUAUCUCAUUUCAAUCAACAUAGGCAAAGACAUUUUCAUCAUACUUCUGAAAUGUGGAAAAUAUUUACAGUCAAUCGAGUAAUUUCAUUCUUUCUAUUAUGAAACUCUAUAUGCAUACCUAACGAGUAUAGAUCUGGCAUAGGAGUCGAACAUUAUGAAUAGUAAAUCUACUUAAAUAUCCAUCUUAGAAAUCAACAUAAUUAGAUUAAUAUUCAAUUACAUCUUGACCAUAGAGGACAAAUUUGAAUUGAUCACCCAAUUGAUGAAUGUAUAUAGCAAAUUACAACCACUUGAUUAAAGUAAGAUAGCUAUACAUGACGGCAUUUUGUGUCUCUAUUCAAAUCUCUCAAUAUUCAAAAAUCUACUAAUAAGACAGCCAGCUGGUAAUGUUUACAAUGGUAUCAAUUAACUUUCAUCAUAAUUAGACUAUAAUGAUUUAAUAUUGAAGUCAAUCUACCAAUAUUGUCUAUUCGGUAUACGAGAAUUCCAGACCCAACAAUCCCCAAAACAAAAUAUUCUAAUAAACAAACUAACAGCUUCCUACAUUGAUUGCAACAUACAAAUGCUUCCUAAUAUUUUCAUAUAAUAGAUAAGUAAUAUAAAAUACAUUAAAAGUUAGAAACUUUAAUUUAACUAAUUACUGAUAAUAUCCUUAAGUUUCUAUAGUAAGAUGAAUUUUAGAAGGAAGGGAGUGGGUUAUUGCAGGAAAUCAAAAACCAAAGUCGUCUUCUUCAGUCUUAACUAUUUAAUGGGGAAAUUGAUGAUUAAAUUACAGAAAUACAAGAAACUGAAAGUGAUGAUAUAAAAUUCAGAACUUUAUUUGAUAAACUAUGGAGACCUCUUUUAAGAAUUAUGAAGCAGAUUCUAAAAAUAGCUAAUAAUUAAUAAUAUACAAAUUUGUUAGAAUAUCUAUAAUCUUGGAUCUAAUGCAGUUUAUAAUAAGAUUAAAUUAGUAGUUUUUAAUUGUUAAUCAGGUUUUUGGCUGCUUAAUCUGCACCAUUAUCCUUGAAGUAUAUUGAAACAGAUAAAUGGUUAAUUGCUUGUAAAGUAUUUGAAGAAAUCCUUUAUAAUAAUGUAAAUUUAUUAACUGCAAAAACAUGGAAUCUUAUAUUUUAAACUUUACAAAGAAUCGAAUAGGUAGUCACAAAGUCAACAGAAAUCAAGAUGACUACUGAGAUCUUUAAUCGCAGUUCUUAAUAUCAUGAUUCAACUGUUUUUUAAAUGGUCGAUGGCUUGAAUUAGUUAGCUCUUUAGGUUUCAGAGCGCCUUCAAAUAAGUUAAAAGAAGAAUUUUGAUUCCAUUUAUAAAUCAUUUGCGAUUGACAAACUAUUGCUCAUAAUCAAUAAUAACUGGUAAAGGAUAGAUAUGUUAUGGACCAUUGUAGAUGCUUUAUAUUUAUGUCUUUGUAGUUCUAAAGUAAUGGAAAUGAGACUAAAUGCUAUAAAUACAUAUAAGGACACAAUAUUUUCAGGCAUUGAGUAUAGUAAGAAUAAUAAGUUCAAAUGGGGUGACAAAUGGAUCUAAUAUUUAUUAAAUCCUCUUGCUGAAUUAAUACUUCUCCCUUACGAAGAUGUUACUGAAAAUAUUUUAUCAUUAUUAACCAUUCUAAUUAAAGAACAUGCUAAGUAUUUGCCUCAUUAAGCUUUUGCAGUCUUUGUUUCAUUUAUUGAUAUUGUGUUACAUGAUUUUUUAAGUAAAGACUUGAUUCAAUAAGAAGUAAACUAAUAAGAACAUAAAUCUUUGAUUUUCAGAACAUAAUUAUCAAUUGAAUGUAUGUCUGAUAUCAUAUUCAAUCACAUUGAUAAUUUAGACAAUUAAUCAAUCUGCAAAUUAGUCAAACUAUUAGUGUCUUUAAAUAAGCAGGACGAAUGUAAAUAUAUAAUAAUUAUAAUAGUUAAUUAUGAAAUAACAAAUAAGAUCAUCUGUAUGACUUGGCGAGUUCAGGAGAAACUUGUAAAACUAGAAAUGAAGGACUAUGAGUUUUGGCAAAUAACCUUAAAGCUAUUUAAAAAUUGCUUAGACAAUCAAGAUGACCUUAAAUAUGCAUCCAUUCAUAUUUCUAGUUAAAUUUGCUCUAUUGCUAAGGAUGAUUAAUUUACAGACUUGUUUGCAUUAUUAGAAGAGUUAAUAUAACAUUCGAUGGAAUAUUAUCUCAAAGUAGAAUAGCAUCAGUUAUCUCUCAUUUAAUAGACACCUAGAUUUACGUAGUUACCAAUGGAAACUCCUAAAUUCUAAGGAUCAAUUAAAUAGAUGAUUUUUGACAAAUCCACUUCGUUGUAAUUGUUUAAGCAACAAUUUGAAUUAGUAAAGUUGUGCAUUUCAAAAAUAGUAGAUGUGAUCAUUAGCAAAUAAUAAUAUCCUAAAUUCUACUAUUACUUACAAUUAUUUAAUUAAGCAUAAUGUGUUUAUGUGAAGCAUGAAAUAGUAUUGGCUUGUCAAAGAAUUAUAUAGUCAAAUUAAGAGAAGCAAUUACUUAUUGGAUCUAUUGAUUUUUUGGUAACAUUAAUUAAUCAUGAAUAAACUUUGGAUAUGGAAGAUAUCUAAUACUAUUUAGAAAAUAGAACAUUCCAAAUAUUUUGUGAUGUGAUUAAGUUGACCAUACCGAUAAAUCAUAAGAAAGGAUUGCAUGCAUUAUAAUUGCUAUUCAAUUUUUUAUCUCAAGAUCAAGUAAUAUAACUGUUAAAUGAUGAUAAUAAUAUAUUCAGAUACUAUUAUAAAUAAUGCUUUUCAAUUGAUAAACUUGAAGAAGAAGUAAUUGCUGAAUGGUUGCACUUUAUAAAUUAACAAAUUUCCUAAUUAGGAAUUAUUGUAAAGCAUCACUACUUCAUAGAGUUCUUAAUAAAUAGUUUUGAAGGGAUAAUUAGUAAGAGAUAAUUAAAUCAAAAUGAUUUGAAUGAAGCAAAUAAAUUUGUGGGUGUUUUGAAUGGUUUUUUGAAUGUAAACAUUAAUUUAUUUAAUAGAAAUGUUAAAGAUUUAUGAAUGACAAUUCUGAAAAAUUACAAUUAAUUCUGAUUACAAAACUAAAAAAUAUCAUAACCAUAAUGAUUCCCUUUUUAGAUUAAAAUUCAAUUCAAUAGUUGUUUGAACCUCUUAUUUCAUCCUAAUUAACUGGUACAAUAUUAUAACCAUUUUGUAGUAUCUAAUAAAAGAACACAAGAUUGGAUUUCGUUUUUCAUAAAUGAUGCCCAAUAUUUAAAUAUUGAAUAAUAACAUGUGGUCGUUUAACUCUUUACUAAUUAUUACAUAAACAAAUUAAGUGUAUCAGAGAUGGAGACUAAAGAAAUGAUAAUUAUAAGUUUAGUUGGAUUUUUAGAGAUGGAUAAUCCAAUCGUAGAAAAAUUUUCAUUAUCCAUUCGGGUUUCUCUUUUAAAUAGCAUUCAUGAAAAUUUAAAAGUAUUUUUGAAUGAAGAGAAUGCUUCACGUGAAAAACAAUUUAAUAUUGAGCUUAUGUUGGAUUAUUUAAGUAGACUAGACAAAAAUGAUUUGAAAGAAUUUUAUUUAACAUUUGUGGACAUGAUAAAAUGUGAGUAAUUAGAAAUCAGAACUAAACUAAUCACACUUCUUGGUAAAUAUUUUUGA